AUGAAGACAAUGAGCUCGUCUCCAAAGAAGAGCUCGCCAAAUGGAAAGAUGCGGAGGAGCAACGCGAGAGAGAAGAGGCCGAAGCAGAAAGACGAAGAAAAGAAGAGGAGGAGCGUAGGAGAAGAGAAGCUGACGAGGCCGAACGAAGAAGGUUGGAGGAGGAGGAAAGGCAACGAGAGGAAGAAGAAAGGCGAAAAGAAGAGGAACAGAAGGCCCAGGGGCAAUUCUGAUCCUGAAACGAAAGAGAAGAUCGCCCUGUGGAAGCACCGCGUCGAGAUGGCGAGAAAGGAGGCGGAGUUCGAACUAGCCGUCGCGAAGGAGCGCCAGAAGAAGGCGGAGGCGGACAAAGAAGUUGCAAAGCAACUGGAGGCGGAAAAGCUGCGGCAAGCUUUGCUGGAGCGCAAGAAGCAGGAGGCGGAGGAGGAGAAGAAGAAGGCAGAAGCUGACCUACGCCGCAAGGCAGAGGCCGAUCGGCUAAAGAAGGAGAUUGAAGCCAAGCAUCAGAAGGUUCUGCAAAUCCCGGAGCCCUCUGAUGAGAUUACACUGCCCUGCUUCGAUGUCUUCAAGGGUGGGAAUCGCAUUGGUGGCUCGGCCGGUUUCUCCUGA